AGUCCUCCCCUGAUACCUGGUAACCCUAGCAUCAUGAAGUACGCUGCAGCAAUCGCUGCCCUUGCAGCGGCGGCAUUCGCCAAAGAGAUCCCCAAGGACCCGGAACGGGCCGCUGAGCUCUAUGAUUCGGGCGUCAUGCACGAGAGGAUCAUGGCCGACAAAAACGCCCAGUGGGACCUGCAGGACCAGAUGGGCGUGCUGAACUCGCUCGCUGGUCCCCAGUUCCCUGAGCUUCCCUUCGCUCAGUGCAAGAAUGGAUUGGCUGCCCCGUUGGACCCUUUCCAAAGCAACAACGCCAGCACCAAGUUUCGUUGCAAUAACAUCAACCUCCAUCACUUCCUUUCCCACACUGACCUUGGAUCGGCCGUUGGCAAGGGUUCAUCGUCGUGGGGCUGGGUGUCUGAUGACGGCCGCGAAUUCGCCAUCAUCGCUCAGGGUGACGGCGCUGCUUUCGCCGAGAUCACUACAGCUGGCAAGCUCAGAUACCUCGGUCGUCUGCCUCAGACGACUGGUGUCGCUCCCAGCCAGUGGCGCGAGAUCCGCACAUUUAAGCACUAUAUUGUUGUCGGUAGCGAGGAGCCUGGCCACGGUGUCCAGAUCUUCGACCUGAAGAAGCUUUUGACCAUCGACUACAAGAAGGGCCCUGUCACCUUCAGCCCUGACACAGACCUUACCGGGUACUGGAAUGACCUCCCCCUUGGACGUGUGCACAACGUCCUUGCCAACUCUGACAGCAACUUUGCGUACGUGGUUGGUGCUCAGCCUCGUAACUCGAGCUGUCUCUCUGGCCUUAUCUUCCUUGACCUCACGGAUCCUUCCAACCCAAAAAACCCAGGAUGCGCUCGAGACGACGGUUACGUGCACGAUGCUCAGUGCGUCAUCUACAAGGGACCCCACAAGAAGUAUCUUGGCCGUGAGAUCUGCUAUGGCUACAAUGAGGACUCCAUCACCAUCUAUGAUGUGACCGACAAGCAAUUCCCCGAGACCAUCUCCAUCACCUCGUAUGAGGGUGCCACCUACACCCACCAGGGCUGGCUGCUCGACGUCAACAAUCAGGAAUGGCUCAUCUCCGACGACGAAUACGACGAAGUCGAGGGCCGCGGCGUCGCCUCCAACGGCCGCCCCGUGACCUUCAUCUGGGACAUCCGCGACCUCGAGCACCCCAAACAGACGGGCUACUACCAGGGCCCGCGCAAGAACAUCGACCACAAUCAGUACAUCUUCGGCAAGUACAGCUACCAGAGCCAGUACACGGCUGGUCUCUCGAUCCUGGAUAUCAGCAGCAUUCCGACAGACCCAACGGGCCGCGGCGUGAGGGAGGUGGGCUGGUUCGAUACCUAUCCCGAGGAUGAUCAUUUGGAGGGUGGUGGUGAGCUAAAGUUCAGCGGCUCGUGGAGUAACUAUGCGGGAUACCCCAGUGGCUUCAUCCUGAUUAACACAAUGGAUCGCGGUGCGUUUGUCGUUAAGACGCAGAAGCCGCUUCCGUAGAUGGAGUAAACUAUUAUAGCAGUAAGCUUAAUGUUGAUUUACGAAU